AUGGGAGUAGAGUUUCAGACCCAGGUGAUGGAGCUUGAUGGUAAGGAGAUCAAAGCCCAGGUCUGGGACAUCGCCGGCCAAGAGCGCUUCUGCGUCGUCACCUCUAACUACUACAGAGGCACUGUUGGAGCUCUCGUCGUCUAUGAUAUCACUCGCUGGAGUACUUUCGAUUGCAUCAAGCGGUGGCUCGAUGAACUCAAGAGUGGUUUAUUGGCUGUAGGUAGCAACUUGGCCUGGGCAUACUUACAACAAAAUAAUUUCAAAUCCUUGGAAAAGCUUUAUUAUGCAACAGAUGGAUUAUACUUGGUUGGUAUGGAUUUGUAUGAUAUUUGGAAUAUGAUGUCACAAGUUAAAGUUUUUGGAUAG